AUGGCGAUCAAAGUCCACUGCACCGUUUUGUCAACUGCAGCAAUGAAAGUUAUCGCCUGCCUCAACGAGAAAGGGCUUGAUUACGAGAUUGUUUCGAUUGAUAUGAGGGCCGGAGAGCACAAAAAGGAGGCUUUCCUUUUGCUCAACCCAUUUGGUCAAGUCCCAGCCUAUGAAGAUGGAGAUCUCAAGAUGUUCGAAUCAAGGGCAAUCACUCAAUACAUUGCACAUACUUAUGCCGACAAAGGAACUCCGUUGAUAUUCCGUGAUCCAAAACAGAUGGCUGUUGCAAGUGUGUGGGCGGAGGUGGAGGCUCAGAAAUUCGAUCCUGUAGCUUCAAAGUUAACCUGGGAACUCUGUACUAAGCCAUUCUUGGGAAUGGUGACAGAUUAUGCUGUUGUCGAAGAGCAAGAAGCUCUACUGUCUAAGGUUCUUGAUGUGUAUGAAGCUCGAUUGGGCGCGUCGAAAUACUUGGGCGGUGAGCGGUUCACUUUAGCAGAUCUCCAUCACAUCCCCACAAUGAGUUACUUGAUGGGAACUCGAGUUAAGGCUUCUUUCGAUUCGCACCCUCGUGUGAGUGCCUGGUAUGCAGACAUUUCGGCACGGCCAGCUUCGGAAAAGGUUGUUGCCAUGGCAGUCAGUGAGCUUAAAAAGUCUUUACUUUCAUAAUAAAAGCCCGUUUUCUUGCUCUGUGUUCUGCUUCCAGCGUUCUGUUUCACAUCUUAAAUCAGAUUAUCAAAAAGGCAACAAAAGAGUCUUUGUCAACAAGUCAUAUAACUUAUUUAUAUAACUGUGAGUUCUGUAAUAAGUUUUACCUUCUGCUGUUGAAUUGCCAUGAAAAUAGAGAAAUAUGCCCGAUGUUGAAACUCGGAUCAGACA